AUGGCUUUUGGCCCAGUCUGUGCAGUAGCUCAGGACAAGACAACGCUUGUGUUCUCUUCGUCUCCCGCACCCAUGCAGCGCCAUACAGAUGCACGCUCGGGAGCGCCUCUACGAUUUUCAUCACCCGCUGCGCGGCAAGAUGAUUCAGCAGCCCGUCUGGCGCCACGACGUUCAGGUGCCGGCGCUGUCAGGGUCAGACCCCAACGUACAGCCUCGUCUCAGGCGAGCAGUAGCAGUGGACCCCUUUCCGGCCACGAAGAUUUCACUGAAGCCAAUCUCAAGAAGCGUAGACGGAAGCGCGCACCCGUCUCGCUCACUGUCGGCCCGCCACCUGCGUUCACGUUCGUCGAUACGGCCUUUCGAGGUGUCUCCUCAGCGCAGGAUCUGCCAUCAAGUCCAGUCUUGCCAUCGGACUCUGUCGCGGGCGAUGAACGACCCUCCGGCGGCCUGACUGUACGGCCGACUUUGCUGGACAGCAGACAAGACUGGAGUGACGGACUCGAGCCACCGCUGCAAGCUCACGAGGACUCACUAGACGAGCAAUCGCUCGACCUCAGCUUUGCAUCUGGCAUGUCCAUCACUACACCCUGCACUGAAGAGCCGCCGUCAGGCAUGGGCAAUUUGCUAGGCGGACAUGAUCUACUCUCUGGCAUAGAUCCACGAGCGCAAGCUAAUCUGCUCAACGCAUCACAAGACUCUUCAUCACCUCACCUGAUGGACAUCUCGCCUGCUCAGCCGGUCGGACUGCCAGCCCCAGCGGGCAUGCCUCUGCUGCCGCAUGCUACUCUGCUUGCUACCUCAGCCGAACAAGAUACCUCCUCCUCGCCCGAUCAUUCGCCGCUAAAGUCAAUGAUUGCUACCAGAAGACCGCUGAUGGCAGCCCGGCCGGCCUUCAGCUCAUCGCUCAGCUGUGGAUCCACGCUCUUCGCGGACAAAUUGGCUCACAGACCCAAGCUCGAUAGCAAUGGUCCUCGCGUUUUCGGUCGCGAGUUGUCGCCUAACAGCCUAUCGCCGCACCAUGCGUUGCAGAAGGUGGCAGACAACCUUGUCUCGGCCAAGCCCAGUACCUUUGGGCGAGCGCAGAGUGAAGCUACUCUAUCUCUCAGCUACAAGGCGCGUGAUGCAAGCUAUCAAAAGCCAUCGCUAUCUGCUGGCUUGCCCAAGCGGCCUUCGAUAUCUCCCUGUCCGGUCACAAAGAAGACGUCAUCUUUUCAAAGUCGUGAUCGAGCGCGUCAGCUCGGUCAGGAUCUAGCCGGCCCAAAGAUGAGCAGUGCACCGGUCCUGCCAAUCAAGUCAAGACCUGCCGUUUCACAUCAGAAGCGCCUGUCAGAACCUUCCGUGCCAACCUAUCGCACGCUCGCGUCGCAGCUAUCAGAUUCAGCCACCGGACUACCCAACGUCGCAGAAGCACUCACUCCGGACGCAAUGGACAUCGAUCCUGCCUCACCUGCCGGCUACUUCUCCGCCAAGAUGAAGCAAUCUGUGCCGCCGCCAUCGAUUAAAAAGCUAGCCACGCUCAUCUUGCCCCAGAGCAGCCCUAUCCCUCAGGUGCCGGACAGCUUCGGCGACCUGUUCAACGAUCUCUCGCCAGUCGCAAUGACCUAUUCCACUCGCAAACGCGAUCGAGCAGAAGAUGAGGAUCAGAUGAGUAUCUGCACAUCCCCAGACUCGCUCACGGUCCCAUUGCCGAACGACCGAAGUACAAAUCGCACAGCAUUUGCUCGAGCUCAGACCACGCUAGGCAUCGGCAACAGCUCUCAACGACGGUUGACCAAGCGACCUUCGCUCUCGUCGUUUGUCGAGCACACGGACGCACAAGAGGCACACCUAGUCAGACACAAGACAUCCAGCUCACUCCCGUUCGCAGCGCUGGCGGCCCAAUCUACGUUCCAGCACGCCGAUGAUUCGCCAAUCAGAUUGGACCGACAGACCCUGAAGAUGCGACGGGCGCAGUCCGUCUGCGCUGCACCAGCCAUUGUCGUCACGCGAGAUCAGCGCGUCAUGCCCAAGCUCAGCUUGCUCAACAGCCCCGGUCCCUUCAGCGACGGGAUCGAAGCCUCGCCGUGUGUUCGUCCGCCGAUGCGUGGUCGAUCCUUGACGCCCGCACUGGAUAACCACUCUGCACACUCUGAGUCGCCACCUCGCGACGACAGGAGAUCCGCAUCUUUCCAAGGUGUAUCUCAACACCCAGCACAUGAGGUCCAGCUACAGAACCCGCUUUCAUCGCCCGAGCUCACGCUGCAGUUCGGCAUGAACGAAGCUGAAGGCAAGGUCUUGCCGUGCCACAACGUCAAGAGCGACGGCCUCAUGCGCAUCACCGCCCAAACGCUCAAGGACGUUCUGUCUGGCGUCUACGAUGGCCGUGUACAGCAGACGACCAUUGUCGACUGUAGAUUCGAUUAUGAGUACAUGGGCGGUCAUGUCAGUGGCGCGAUCAAUCUAGCGAGUCAGGAUGCGGUCGAAGACUACUUCCUUUGCGCUGGCGACGGCUACAAUUCUACCGGUCCAGGCAGACUGCCCGAACCAUCACGCAGUGGCCAGCCGCUGCCCGCUCUCCUCAUCUUCCACUGUGAAUUCAGCGCAAAACGAGCGCCAACAAUGGCUUGUCAUCUGCGAAGUAAGGAUAGGACCCGAAACGUGCAUGUCUAUCCCGCUGUGCACUAUCCGGAGGUCUACGUACUGGAGGAUGGCUACGAGGGCUUCUGGAAGCAAUAUCCUGCAAGUCGCUCUGACCUCUGCAUCGGUGGCUACGUCCCCAUGGACGAUCCCAAACACCGCACGCAUCGCUAUGACCAGCUCAACAAGUUCAGAACCUUUGAUCGCGCCAAGUCUUACACCUUUGGUCAACAGGCGAUCGCAGUCGAGCCAGCUCAGCAAGCAUCUCGCAGGCUAGCAGACAUCGUCGAUCUGACCUCGAGCCCUUCGGGCACUGAUAGCCCGAUCGGCAAGGCUCAGCUCAACCGCUUCAAACAAAACAAGGCCGGCUUGCUCAAAUUUGGCUCUACGGCGAAUUCAAAGUCUGGGAGCCGUAAGCCGUUCGAGCGGGCGACCACAACAGCCGGACUCUUCCGACAAUGA